AUGUUGAUCUGUCUCGGCGGUGUUUGCGUACCCUACACGGCCGUUGUGCCUAUCAUCAUCUUGGGAUUGAAGUGGAUUCUUGAGAAAUUUGGAUUGGCGCAGUAUCUUCCAAAAUACUUGCGAGAUAUGUUGCAAGUUCAGGGUGUUGCUGCCUCGUCAAGUUCGGAAAAGUGCUGCGCUACUAGCAGCAGUGAAGUUGCUGUUUCCAAAGGUGGAACAUCCAAGGUGCAACCCCUCGAAUCGAUGGAGGAAUUUGAAGAGCUGCUGAGCAAUAACAGCAAUAAAGUCAAGGUGGUUUGCAAAUUCACUAGUAGUUGGUGCCAGCCGUGCAAACGAGUGCAGCCAUUCUUUCAGGAAUGCUCCUCUCAACCCCAAUACCAAAAGAAAAAGGACGGAAGCAAUGUUCUCUUUCGUACCAUUGAUGUAGACGAGUUUGACGAAUUGUCCAGCAAAUACAAGGUGUCCAUGAUGCCAACCUUUUUGGUCUUGCAGGGGGAUAAGGUUUUGGGAACUUAUGCUGGAUCGAAUGAGAACGAACUCGAUACAUUUUUGAAGGAGAAUGCAGGAGCAGCAUGA